GCUUUGUACCAACUGCCGUUACGGUUCACGUGUACUCACGCGUCUGCCGGUUUUAAACGUUUGUGCAUGUUUUUGAUGUGUUUAUUUGAUGUGUUAAAUUAAAAAUGGAUAUAAGGGCGCAAAUUACCAAUAUCCAGGAGGGACUGAUGAAGGAUUUCGAAAUAUCCAGGCAAGUGAUUUAUGACCUGAUUGCCAACGAUUGUCUCAAUAAAAUAGAUAUUCCCUCUCACAAGCACCUUUCGUACUUGCUCCAGCACAUGGGUGCUCUGAAGGACUGCUUCCAGCUGAGAGACUACGGCGAACUGGCCCGCCACCGCAGCAACUUCGUCGACAUGUACUACCUGCUGCAGAAAAAGGUCCAGGAGAUCGAGCACAAGAUCGAACUGUGCAAGAAACGCUUCACCAGCACGCUGCACGGCCUGUUCUACCUGCAGGACUUCAGCUUCGUGUUCUCCGUCAUGUUGCUGGUGAACAUCUGGCGCCUCGGGUGGCUCUACAUGUGCGUGCGUCUGGACGUCAUCAUGCGCUGCACCGAGCAGUUCAACUUCAACGCGGACAAGGAGAGCCAGCUGGAGACGUUGUUCCUGUGCCUGCAGACGGACGACCUGAAGCUGCUGGUGCAGCGGGACGGCUACUCCAUCCUGCCGAUGCAGGACUCGAUCGUGCUCUCGAUUUCGGAGCAGAUGAUGGAGGGGGCCAAGGAGCACUUGCAGCUGCUGCGCCAGCACAUGCCCACCAAUAUGGUGGAAUCGAUGGCCACCUCCAACAUCUUCGAUAAUUUGAUGCACCUGAACAGGCAGCGCAGCCGGAUGAUGUACACGAUGAACUUCCUCAACCACAUGAGCACCAUGAUCGGGAUGAGGCAGUGCAGGCAUCGGGACACGCCGCAGGAGUAUGCGGCUCCUCCCUCAGUCAACCACGGUUUCAUACAAGGCAACGCACCCGUGGACGGAGAGGAGGUGUUUUUGGGUGGGUAUGCUAAGUUGUCAUUUGCUGCUGGCAUGGAUGCUUCCAAACGGGGAUAUCCUGAAACUGUCAGAUGGCUGCGUAAAGUUCCAGUCCAGGCUAUUUUGGAGGCUUCUUCCAAUGCGACGAAGGCUGCUGAGAGAGUGACCAAAGAUUUACCGAGACAUUGGAAGUUUUCUGUCAAAUGUGAAGAAAAAGUCCAUCAUGUGGUAUACCGAAAAUAAAAUGGUGUAUGUUUUUUAAGUUUUUUAUUAUAGGAUACUUGUUUCUUUUUAAGAGAUCUUUAUUGUUUUAUUACAUUGCAAUCAAUGUAUUUUUUAUCA